AUGCCUCCAGAACCAAGAGCCAGCGACCGGGCCGCGUAUUACACGAUGAAGACGACGACUAGUUUGUCGACGACACAAGCACCAGGUCAUUCCCGCACCAACUCCCAGUCUUUCUUUUCCAACAAGGGCACCGGCACCCCAUUAUCUUCGCCUCGCCCGCCCCAUUCUGUUGGUCAACAGUAUCCCCCCAAGUCAUCACCCGGUACAGGUCGAGGGGGUGCUAUGGACGCUCGUACUCCGAGCCCAAAUUACUUUGGUCUCGCCGUGGACUCUGGUGCUGACCCACGAGAAUCGGCGCUUCUGCCGCACGAGAACUGGAGCACCCCAACGUCCUCGGUCAAGUCCUUUGCCGCUGCCAUACCAAAACACUUGCCGCUAGAUGCCAACCCAGAGUUUGAGGCCUUCAGGCGACAGAUCGACGCAAACAGGGGGCGCUCCGGGUUUAGCCUCCCCGCCACACACUUCAACAUCACAAGUGGAGGCCCGUUCGCUCCGACAGUAUCAACCCCUUCUGCUCAACAACGGCCUCGCCCACCACGAUCACAAACCCAUGGAAGUAAUUUGCCAGAAAACCCGCUGCCGCGGCCAUCACUACCAACAGAGUCCGGCAGCUGGGGGCCGGGGGACAACCCCUGCCAGCCAGCCGCGGAAAAGGACAGUUAUCAAGGUGCGCCCCACCUCUCGACAGAGUCGAGGCUUGGGAUCAAGGGAUUCAAAAAUCCUCCUUUUUUUCUGGGUCUUGCAAAGCCGCCGAGCCAGGAGUGGGAGAAACUCAACUCAUCCAUCUCCGAAGCAAGCGGUCGACCCGGCCGCAAAACUGAGACGCCCUCGCCUACUUUCAGCCAACAGACACAUGACGGUCAGCAGGCAACACAAGGAUGUGGCGAGCCUGACAUGAUCCCACCAGCGGCGCUCAAACAACUCCUGGAUAAGAGCAAAGGGGAAGACCUUCUGCUGCUAGACAUCAGAGUUUCUCCCCAGUAUGCUCAAGCGAGGAUCCAGGGCGCCCUGAACCUGUGUAUUCCAACCACGCUGUUGAAGAGGGCAACCUUCAACCUCGAGAAGCUUCAACAGACUUUCCAGGCAGACCGGGACCAGGACAAGUUCGCCAAGUGGCAGACAUCGAGUCAUCUGGUUGUGUACGAUGCCGCGUCCGCCGACAAGCGUGACGCGACCUCGGCUCUGAACAUGAUCAAAAAGUUCACCAACGAGGGCUAUUCGGGAACCACGAGCAUUCUACGCGGUGGCUUUAACGCCUUUGUCCUGGCGUAUCCAAACUUGGUCGAUCGCUCAUCAAACAUGAUGUCACCCAGCCUGUCACUAGGUGGCGCAGGUUCUGCUACGAAUGGUACACGGACAAAUGUCCCGCCUGUCAUUGGCGGAGUCAUGCUGCCGACCACAAACGACAAGAUAGAUCCAUUUUUCAGCAACAUCCGCCAAAACCAAGACCUUGUUGAUGGCGUUGGCCAGAUGGAUGUUGGGGUUCCGACAGGGCUUGAUAAGAAUAGGCUACCGCGCUGGCUCAAGGAGGCCAUCGAGAUCAGCGACCAUGGUAAGCGGGUAUCGGACAAGUUUCUGCGGAUCGAGCUUACAGAGCAGUCCCGCAUGAAGCUUGCCUAUGCUGCCUUUGCGAGCUCGAAAAAUCACGGUCCCCAGACCGAGACCCAGGUGCGGUUGUCUGGGGUUGAACAGGGUGGAAAGAACCGGUACAAGGAUAUCUUGCCGUUUGAACACGCACGUGUGAAGCUUCAGGGCCGCCCAGAGGGAGCAUGCGAUUAUGUAAAUGCCAGCCACAUCCAGGCCAAGCGGAGUUACAAGCGUUAUAUCGCCAGCCAAGGACCCCUGCCGGCGACAUUUGAGGACUUUUGGUCGGUGGUCUGGGACAAUGAUGUACGCGUCAUCGUCAUGUUGACUGCCGAAUCGGAAGGGGGUCAACUCAAGUGCCACCCCUAUUGGAAAGGCAGGGACUUCGGUCCUGUCCGGCUUCGUCUGCUGUCCGAAAAAAAGAUAUCGUUGGAUAUUGACAAGCAUCGGGCCGGAUCGACCGCCGCGAACGAUGAAUCUGCUCCAACCCAGUCGAACGACCACGCCUCCACCAUUCCUGAAGGAGGCCGUCGACGUGCCAAUACCACAACCACGCUGAACUCCAAGACACCGGAAUCCCAAUAUGGCACCACCCAGGCGGCCGAAACUCCUUUCGUCACGAUCCGAAAGUUCGCUCUAAGCCAUGCAAUGGAACCCUUCGCCCCCAUUCGAGAGAUUACCCAUCUUCACUACACUUCAUGGCCUGACUUUGGUGCACCAGCCCAACCAAGCCAUUUGCUCGCGCUGGUGGAAUUAGCUAAUGUCAUGCAACGCGCCGCCCUCCCCAACGACCCUACAGUGACGACGUCACAGGCGCAACCUCGUCAUGACAGCGGCAGCUACUUUGACCCGUCCCCCCCACUCCGACCAGACAGCCUGAGCACCACUGUUCAGCGUACCUCUUAUGACGCGCCUGAGCCUGUCGAGAAAAGUCGUCCCAUGCUAGUUCACUGCUCGGCCGGGUGUGGCCGAACAGGAGCCUUUUGUACGGUGGACAGCGUAAUUGACAUGCUCAAGCGGCAGCGGCAGCAGCAACAACAGCACUCUGUGGCCGCGCAGGCGUCACCCUCGACCGUUCAUCGGUGCAGUUCUAACAAACGGACAUCCCAAGACGGCUGGGACGAUGAUGACGACGACGGCAGAGGUAAGCGUCUCGCGCUCCAGCAAGACCGAGACACAAGGGUGGAUCCAGACGGAGAUGUGACAAUGGCCAUGGAUGAAGGCUUUGUCGUUCUCCCACGCCAAACGGCAGCACCGUCGCCUUUCACAUCCCAAGCAAACGGGUUCCCCGGGUUCAGUAGUGGCAAGGAGAGCAUAGACACGGCCUGGCUGGAGGAUGACAGCGUUGAUCUUAUUGCCCGGACAGUAGAGGACUUCAGAGGGCAGAGAUUGAGCAUGGUGCAGAGCUUGAGGCAGUUUGUGCUGUGCUACGAGACAGUGCUGGAGUGGAUCUGGAGGGUGGAGGAUGGUGGUGGCGCAGGGGGGGGUCUGCUUGGUCGAGCGAGAGGAAGGAGUGGCAGUUUGGCUUUUUGAUUCAAUGGUGUCGACACCAAGUGGUUAAUAUAUAUAUACAGCCGUCCAAGGCUCUGCUUGGAAGCGUAGGCUAGAGAAGGCUGAUGUUCUUCCCCGGCAGUGGCGUUCUGCAGUUUAGCUUCGGCGGCGUGGAAUACCUACAUACUGGGCGGAAGACUACGGCUUACUAGGACAAUAUAAGACGAAAA